GCAUUUGUGAUGUGACGAGACUUUUGUCUGAAUAGUCUUGUCAUUUGUCUGCCAAAAAAUGCAAUGUUGCCAAAACAUCAACGAAAACGAAAAUCUCUUGAAGAUUCGCAAUCGCAAAUGAAAGACACUCGCACAGCACAGUACCAACAUAACAUCGUGAAAAACACCAGCCUGUGAAAAGAAAACUAACCAGAAAUCUGGGGAUAUUGAUUCGCCAACGUUGGCUAGGAAUAUUUGCAAAAUCACGACGUGCCUAAAAAAAAAAUAGUUCUGUACGUCAACAAUCAAGAAAUUUUAAAAAUAUUUGUUGAAAAGGAUGGCGAUUUUUUAUUUUUAGUAAAAUUCGGAGACUGUUAUUUAAGCGAUAAAAGAUCGUGGGAGCGUUUUUCACGAUAUAGCAAUCGUUAUUUUCGCGACGCCAUUUUGUACAGUGCCGGUGAUUUUAGAUCUUGUAUAGUUGUCAAAAAAUUCUUUAUUUUCUACCCUUUUUUUUUAACUUGUUAAAAGCGGUUUUUUUCUUCGUGUUUUGGGACACCGUUCCACACAAUUUAUCAUCACUCUUUAGGUUUAUUUUAAGAUGGUUGUCUAGUCCAACGUUAAAAGAUAAAACUAUGACUGUUGCAACAAGGGGACAGGAAAAUGCCGAAGACAACAAGGAGACACAGCAUCCGAUUGCGAUAGCGGGCCCAUCAAAUGUAACCAACGAAGAAAUUCAGCAGCAAGAUGAAAACUUCGAACCGGAUUUCCCAAAGGAUAAACUAGCCACCCUAGAAGAGAAAAUAUCUAGUUCAAGAUGGGUAGUACCGGUAUUGCCCGAUCAAGAAUUAGAAGUCUUACUAAAAGCCUCCAUUGUAUUGGCGAAAAAGAAUUUGGACAUUAAAUCGGAAGCCUGCCAGCGAUUUUUUCGAGACGGCCUAACAGUUUCAUUCACAAAAAUCCUAACAGAUGACGCCGUCACUAGCUGGAAGCCCAACAUUCACGUUUGCAUUUAUCAAAAUUGUCUGAAACUCAUUGAAUUGUGCGUCACUAAAUUAUCCCAGGAUUGGUUCCCGUUGCUAGAACUUUUGGCCAUGGUUCUGAAUCCAAACAAUAAGUUUCACAGUUUCAAUUCUUCGAGGCAAAGCGAAACGGCCGGACCCAACUGUAUUUUGAGCGAAGAAGAAUUGUAUGCCAGGCCAUCGCCGGAUCUAAGGAAUCCUAGAGGUUGGCUAGUUGAUUUAAUUAAUCGAUUUGGAGAAUUGGGCGGAUUCCAAAAGUUGCUGGAACGAUUUCAGAGUGGUAAAAAUUUGAGUGUGUCCAUUGUUUAUGCACUUUUAACUCCUUUUGGUCUUUGUUAUGAAUUUUUGACCCCUCAUACUAUACAUAAGUAUGUACUUCCUGUAUUGGAAAUGGUACCAGGUAUCCUGGACAAACUAACCGACGAAGAAUUAAAAAAAGAAGCAAAAAAUGAACAAAAAAGCGAUGUAGUUUCAUUGAUAAUUAGGUCCGCGAAAAAUCUCGCGUCUAGAGUACCGGAACAAGAGGAAUUGAUACGGACAUUCGAAGGAUUCCGUUUAACGAUGAUAUUGAGGCAAUUACAAAUUUCUAGUUUUAAUGGAAAAAUGAAUGCACUCAAUGAAAUUAAUAAGGUUAUAUCGGGCGUAACUUAUUAUCCUAAUCGGCAUCAUGGGAUUGAGGAAGAGGAAUAUUUGACUCCCGAAAGAAUGGCAAAAUGGAUCAACGACAAUAAAGUCCUGGAAAUAGUCUUGAGAGAUUCGCUACAUCAGCCUCAAUAUGUAGAAAAAUUUGAAAAAAUAUUAAGAUUUGUAAUUAAAGAAAGAGCACUCAGUCUGAGUGAUUUGGACGCUGUAUGGGCAGCUCAGGUGGGCAAACACGAAGCUAUAGUGAAAAACGUUCACGAACUCCUGGCAAAAUUAGCUUGGGACUUUAGUGCUGAGCAAUUAGAUCAUCUUUUUGAGUGUUUCCAGAAUAGCUGGACGUCAGAGUCAAAAAAGCAUAGAGAAAGAUUGCUCGAAUUGAUUCGGAGGCUGGCUGAAGACGAUAAAGACGGAGUUAUGGCCCAUAAGGUUUUGACGUUGUUUUGGAAUUUGGCUCAUGCCGAGGAUGUUGCCACAGAAAUUUUGGAUCAGGCGUUGGUUGCCCAUGUAAAAAUUCUAGAUUAUAGUUGUGCGCAGGAACGGGAUGCUCAGAAAACGGUUUGGUUAGACAAAUGGGUAGAAGAACUAAAAACGGGCGACUCGUGGGUGUUACCGGCUCUCAAACAAAUCCGCGAAAUUUGUACACUCUAUGAACAAAAUUCCAACAAUAGUCAUCCCCAACACACCCACCACACUUACUUCAGACAAGAGGUAAUCGAAAGGCUUCAAAAUCAACACUCUCUUGUCAUUUUAGUGACAAAUAGCCUUACAACUUAUAUGGCAAAUUUAAGGACUUUGUACAAAGACAGACCGGAACUGACUGCCGAAACCUAUAUGCCGGACGGUCGGUAUCCUCAUCUGUUACAAGUACAAGAGAGGCUUAAUUUUCUGAGGUUUUUGUUGAAAGAUGGCCAACUAUGGCUUUGUGCGGAUCAAGCAAAAGAAAUUUGGCAAUGCUUAGCUGAAAAUGCAGUGUUCCCUUCAGACCGAGAAGCGUGUUUCCGUUGGUUCUCCAAAUUAAUGGGCGAAGAACCUGAUUUGGAUCCGGGCAUUAAUAAAGAUUUUUUUGAAAGUAAUAUUUUACAAAUUGAUCCUGUGCUGUUAACAGAGAGCGGAAUUAGAUGUUUUGAACGCUUUUUUAAGGCAGUUAAUGUUAAGGAGGGCAAAUUGAAAACGAAGCGUCGUACUAUCAUGACAGACGACCCGGAUCUGAUUGGGAUUGAUUAUCUUUGGAAGGUUGUUACUUUAUGCACUGACGACAUAGCAGCCAGGGCUAUAGAGCUACUCAGAGAGGUCAGCACUAGCUUGGGCCCAAAACUAAUACAAAAUCAAUUUGAUUUCCACGAACGAUACAUUGGAGAAUGUUUCGAUAGAUUGAGGGCUCAUUACGAUACGGUUACGAUUUUACAAAAAUCAAUAACAGACAAGGAAAUGGACGCUUCUCAGAUAUCAAACAGAAUUAGAUCCGAGGCUGUGAAAAUGUGCAGGGUCAUGAAGGUCCUGCACGAAUAUAUAAGCGAAUGUGAUAAUGCUUUUGUGGGUGAAAGGAAAAUUUUACCUUUACACAGGGCAUGUUAUGGCAAGCAUUUGGCAUUAAUAAUAAGGUUUUCAAGUUUAAACAGGCAAAUGGAAGAUUUUGAACUACACACCCACACAAAUGAAACCUUAGCCUCUCUAAGAAAAUCGAUUUUAAGACGAUUCAAGCCUGGCGUGCAUUGUAAAGUAGAACUGUUUGCAAACGGUGAACCACUAGAACCCGCGGACGAUAGAAAAUUAUUAUCACAAUGUCCCAUACGUGACAAAAUGAUAGUUUUGGCAAAAAUAACUCCAGUUAAUUCCAACAUGGCCUCAUCUCAGGACAGUAGUUCUGACAGUUCUACCUCUUCGCCGCAACAUUUAUAUGACGGGCCCAAUAGUGAUGUUGAAAAUAUGUUGCCUGGCGUAUUGAUGUCGCAAAAUGCGAGUUACGCCCAGUUUUUCUGCCAGCUGAUGACUUUGGGUAGUCAAAUGAAGUUUCCAGCUUUGAGAAGUAGUGGGCACGCUCUAUUGAAAUUGUUGCCUUGCUCUGUUUUGACCAUGGAAAAAUUAAAAACGCUAUUUGGUACGCCUUUAGAGCAGACUCUUAGCAUGGAUAAUCUGUUUUUUAGUGCAACUCCAGCUGAGGUAUUAUACAAUUUGGAAGUCCUUUAUGCCAUGCUAAUGCCUGCAAUGGAUACUCUAUCGGACAAAUCCUACGAGUUUCAAUAUUCUUUUAUUACUUCUGGAGAAGCGCACGUCUUUUUAGAAAUGUUAACCAAAAACAACUUUUUAUCUAGUGCUGAUAGUAUUACGCGGCGUUCGGCAUAUUUGGUAGUCUUAAAAAUAUGCAAAUUAGUACUUACCUCUGUGGCUCACGUAUUAGUUAGGCUCAGCGAGGAUCAUACGCCUCCAGAAAAUGAGAAUUUUAACGAAAAUAUCACUACGCCUGGAAUGCAUUUGAGACAGGCUUUGAAAUCAGUGCCUGGACCUUCAGAUUAUCUUCUACGUCAAGUCAGUAUCAAAUUAUCCCAAGGCCUGGCCCAACUAAUGGUAGCUGAAACCACUAGUUCGGGUCAAGCGCAAGCCCUAUUUAGUCAAGCUUUAAAUUGGGAACUGCCCGAUCUUGCUACGACGUUGGCGCUAGUUCGACUGGUAUGGGCAGCUAGUAGUAACAAUUUAGGUUCUUUAAAUUCCUCUCCCGAAACUCUACACUCGUUAUCGGAUCCGUCGAAACAAGAAACGCCCAUGGAACUGGACUGUGACGACCUUUUGCUUUGCAAGGAAGCUUUGGAGUUGCUUAGCAUCGCAGUGAUAUUGAAUCCGAGCAGCUUGGAACACCUGUAUCAAGACAACUGGUGGCCAGAUUUCAUUACGGAUCUCGUACUGUUGAACCCCAACUGUACGGUCCGUAUUGCAGCGGCAGAACAACUAAUUGUCAUUUGUACAUGUGGGGCUGCGAGCCGAAUAGCUUUACAACUAAUCAUGCCGCUACUUUUCUCGCUGCUGGAUUCAAUGGUACUGGAAUACGCGAACAACUCGCACGAAUGUUUCCAACUUUUAAACAGGCUAGUCAGCGUCGCUUACUUGAUGUCUUGCCCAUUAAACGAUGCCAAAGUACUAUUGGCGAAAGAAGUGGCGUGGCUGAGGAAGGCUCGAGACAAAAACGAAGUCCUAAUCGAGGGUCAUUUGGGUUUGGCCAGGGAAUUGUUGAUGUUUAUGGAUCAGGAGCAAAAGUGCGAAUUAGGCAGCGCGGAAGGCGGUAGUUUAAUUUGUGAAUUGUUGGAGGAUUUUUUGUUUCCUGCCAGCAAGUUGCAGCUGCAACUUAUAAAAACUAAUCAAUUAGGCGAAGAUCCUGCUAUACCUAUAUGUGACACGCCGCAAACUCAAGCUGCCGCUUUCGAUUUACUCAUUUCCUUAUGCGUCCAGUGCGUACCUAAUUACAAACAAUUAGUCAACAUGUUAACGGAAAUGUUCUAUUCAGAUCCAGAUACGGCCAUACAGGAAUGGGAUUAUUUACCGGUUGUAGGUCCGAGACCUUUUCGAGGAUUCGUAGGUUUAAAAAACGCAGGUGCCACAUGCUACAUGAAUUCUGUAUUGCAACAAUUGUACAUGGUAGAAAAUAUAAAGCAAGGAAUUUUGGCGGCCGAAGGCGCAACUACUGAUCCAAACGAAGACUUUACAGGAGAAGAUCGAAUCGAUUUGGACAUAGACACUCAGGAAGAUCGUAUCUGUAUUAUAGAUAACCGAAAGGAUUACAAUGUAGGAAUUUUGAAGCAAGUUCAAGCCAUUUUUGGUCACCUGGCUUGCUCUAGGCUGCAAUACUAUGUGCCCAGAGGGCUAUGGCGACACUUCAAACUACAAGGGGAGCCGGUGAAUUUGCGUGAGCAACAAGACGCGGUGGAAUUUUUCAUGUCUCUAGUAGAAAGCUUGGACGAAGCCUUGAAAACUUUGGGUCACGAGCAAAUUAUGUCCAAAGUGUUGGGCGGCUCGUAUUCGGAUCAGAAAAUCUGCAAAGGCUGUCCGCAUCGUUACUGCAAAGAGGAACCUUUUAGUGUUAUAAGUGUAGAUAUUAGAAAUCAUAGCACGCUGCCUGAUUCUCUGGAACAAUACGUUAAAGGAGAACUAUUAGAAGGUCCGGACGCUUACCAUUGCGAAAAGUGCGCAAAAAAAGUGCUCACAGUCAAACGGUUGUGCGUGAAAAAACUGCCACCAAUACUAGCGAUCCAAUUGAAACGAUUCGAAUACGAUUUCGAACGAGUAUGUGCCAUUAAAUUUAACGAUUAUUUCGAAUUUCCCAGAGAAUUAGACAUGGAGCCUUACACUGUUUCCGGCUUGGUCAAAAUCGAGGGAGAGAUUAUAGACUGUAAUUUAGAUCCUAACGCUAGCGACGUUUGUACCAAAUAUCGAUUGUCUGGCAUUGUUGUUCAUUCCGGACAGGCAUCAGGGGGACACUAUUAUUCUUACAUUAGACACCGUGACCCAUCAGGUGAAGUGAGAUGGUACAAAUUUGACGACGGUGACGUAACAGAAUGUCGGAUGGGCGAGGAAGAAGAAAUGAAAGUCCAAUGUUUCGGUGGCGACUACAUGAGCGAAGUAUUUGAUCCAAUGCUAAAAAGAACGGCAUAUCGGAGGCAAAAACGAUGGUGGAACGCUUACAUGUUGUUUUAUACGAGGCAUGACGUUGAGGACGAGUCUUUAGUCAAAUCUAUUAAUCAAUUAAGUAUGGUGUCUUCGAGAAGGGAGACCCACCUAAAAAUGCCCAUAGCCAUAGAGAAUAGUAUAAGGAAACAGAAUAUCAAAUUUUUGCAUCACCGCAGUCAGUUUACGAUGGAGUAUUUUUCGUUUAUAAGAAAAUUGGCAACCAGUUGCGCGCCGACGAAUCACAGGCACAGCCUCACCCUUUCAAACGAAUUGAUGGAUCAACAACACAUGCUUAGCGUUCAGCUUGUUAGUAAUUUCCUAUUUCAUACUGGUUGGCAUACUAAGAAAACUCUCAGGGGACCAGCUAUGGAUUGGUGCGAUGUACUCUGCGUACUAUUGAGAACAACGCCGACGAUCCGUACUUGGUUCGGAACAAAUAUUCUGCUCAACCACAUGGGUCGGUUCUGUGAGUACUUGCUCGGUUGUCCUAGUAACGAGGUGAGGACGGCUUUUAUCAAGAUAGUCGUGUUGUUGGCGCACUUCUCAAUAAAAGAUCCGCCCUGUCCUUGUCCGGCGGGCAUCAACAAUCCGGAUCCGAACGCCACUUUGAGCGAUCACGUGAUGUGGGCCUUGUUGGCGCUGUUGCAGCGCGAAGUCAGCGAACACGGACGACAUUUACCUCAUUAUUGUACGGUGUUUCAUAUGUAUGCCAAUCAGGGUAUUCAAGAAAAAGCUCAACUACUAAGAUUAAACGUGCCUGCAACUUUUAUGCUAGUGGCCUUAGACGAAGGACCGGGACCUGCCAUCAAGUACCAAUACACCGAGCUGGGAAAACUCAAUCAGCUCGUGUCUUGUCUGGUGAGAUGUUGUGAUGUCAGUUCGAAAUGCCAGUCGAGCAACGGGGAACCUAUCAUGCCGAAUCCUUACAGAGAAUUAGCGAUACAAGAAUAUAUUAUGACGCUUCCACCGCAGGCGUCGGAAUUACUUUUUAAUCGCACCAAUUAUGUGAAAAAAGUGAUAGAAGAUACCAAUUUAACGGAAGAAGCCAUCAAACUUAUCCAAUUCUGUUCGUGGGAAAAUCCUCAAUUUUCGAAAAACGUCUUGUCCGAACUCUUGUGGCAAAUAGCUUUUGCUUACUGUCAAGAACUACGUCAUCACAUUGAAAUAUUGCUCGCGGUGUUGCAAAUUGAGGACUCGUGGCAAUCUCACAGGAUACAAAACGCCAUCAAAGGUUUACGUGACGAAAGAGAAGGACUUUUCGAAACGAUAACCCGUGCUAAGAACCAUUACCAAAAGAGGGCGUAUCAGUGUAUAAAAUGUUUGGUGGCGCUGUUUUCGAAAUGUCGCGUUGCACAGGAUAUGCUUAUGUGCCAAACGGAUUUGAGACUGCCAUGGGCUUCGGCAGUGGCUUGGCUCCAAGACGAACUGGAACGUAAAUACCCGCCCAAUUCUCAAUACCCCUACAAUCAGUGGUCGCCUCCGGCACAGAGUAACGAAACUUCCAAUGGUUAUUUCCUAGAACGGUCGAAUAGUGCGAAGAAAACGUUGGAACGGGCUCUGGAAUUGAUGCCGGAAGCGGAACCGGUUGAAGAUGAAGGCGUUGAGGAUCCAGAAUCGCAAGAGGAAACUGGAGGUCAUGUUAGCGACGAACAGACUUUGUUAUGAAUAAGUGAAAAACAAGCCAGUUUAAGAUCUGGGCAGGUGUUCAGCUAACCUAUGAUGUGACACGAAAAACAUGAAUCCUCUUCACCUUCCAAGAUUCCGAACCAAUAAAGAAGCAAAAAAGUAAUAUGAUAUUUUACUAGUUAUAAAUUGUCAGUGAUGUAAAGGUGAUGUUUACCACUCUAGUGUAUUGAAAAGUAAUAGACCAAUUAUUGUCUAUUAUGGAAUAUGUGAGUAAAAUACCGUAUUAUCUAAAAAAAAAAAAUGUAAAACAAUACUUAUUCAUCUAUAAGUGAAAACUUUUUUUUAAUGAGAACUUUUUACUUUUCGCUGUAAUUGUACCUUUUAUGUUUUUUUUUCCCCAAUUAUAAUUAUAAUGCGAGGUGCAGACAUACUUAUUAUUAUUGAAAAAUUUCAUCAUCAAAUUCACAGCAUCUCGCAUUCUCAUAUAAAUUUAGACACUUAAAUAAUCUACUUAAAAAAAAAAAAUUAAUUCAAUGCAAUUUAGUAGUUGCCUUGUUUCUCUUUAUAUACCUAGAACUGUGAUUUAUGCACUUCGCUUAUAAUUAAAAAAAAAAAAUUAAAAUAAUGUGUUAAUCUCUGAAAUAUAGGAAUAUGUGAUAUGUAUGUAUAAAAAAACAAAAAUAUACUUUGACGCAUUUUCUCAACUUAUUUUUUUUUGAUGUGUCGGUUCCUACAAGAGACUCUUGACGGGACAUUAUUUUGACAGGGAUGCAUUUUUCGCCAGUGUUCCUUUGUUUUCCCCCCUCAACAGAAAAAUUUAGGAUUGGAAAGAAUACUGCUGCUUUUUUUAUUUGUUGAAAAUGUAAAUAAGUUUUUGACAAGUACCUACAUUAAAUUAUACACAGGUUUUGUCUUUGGUUUGGAAUUAUUCAAAGAUUUUUUGAUUUUUGGUUUACCAGAGGCUAAGCUUCAAAGACAAUUAUUUCAAAAACUUUUCAAUCAGCUGUUGUUGUUCAGAGCUAAAACUAAACAUGCACUUGCAAAUGUGUAAAAUCCAUUUUUAACAAGCAAAAAAAAAAUGAUGUUUUUCUCACAGUAAUUAACCAUUAUUAGGGUUUGUUCCGACAAGAAGCUCCAAUUGAAAUUCUUCUUGGAACAGGCCUUAUCGUGUCUUGUAAAUAAUUAGCAAAAAAUUGAAAAAAAAAAAAUUGCUUUUUUUUUGUUUAUUUUUGUGAUAUUUCUUUUGUAAUUAUUAUUAAAGCUAAGAGACAUUGUUUUUUUUCAAAGUGACCCAAGGUUGGUUGCCUGAUAACUGUAUGACGUCAUCAUCUGUGGUGCCUCAUCAUAAUGCAAGUUACCAGACAACCUAUUAACUUUCGGAACCUUGAACCUGACCAUAAUAAAAUUUAACAAUUUUAUUAAUAAUUCUGAUGUACAUAAUCCACCAAAUGGAAUAUGAAUUAAAUCAAUUUUCAAUAAUUUAUAUUGUUGAUUGCCAUUUAUUUUCCUUGUUGAUUUAUUAUUGUUGUCGCUGUAAAUGCUUUUCGGGUAUACAAAUUUCAGUUGAAUUUUGUUAUGGCUUUUAAGUUUGUUCCAAUUGAAUUUUGGAGCACACUUCUAUCAUUCUUGAACCAAAUAAAUAUACACCCACUGGAGGUUCAAAUUGUUUUUCUUUUUUUGUUAAAUGCACAGUAAUUUAUUAUUUUUUAUCCGUAUAUGGUUGACUUGUAUAGGUAUUAAUUGAAUGUUCACCAUGGUUCCCUUUUUUACGUUAAAUUAACUCUUGGAUAUUUUUUUUUAAAAAUAAUGUCAUUAUACAACUUGUUUAUUGUUUUUCUUUUAAUAUUGUCUCAAACCAAUUAUCGCUUUAAAAUAUA